CACUGUAUGCUGGACUUAAACGUCACGUCCGCACAUGAACUUGAAUUUUCAUCCCAUCGCAGGGAGCCACAGACACACACACACACACACACACACAGAGCGGAGAGACAGAAAGAGAGGAGAGAGAGAGAGAAAGAGAGAGAGAAGAGAAAGGACAGAGAGCUCCCGGACAAACAGGACGCAAGAGAAAAGACACGCGGGGAGAAAAGAGAGGAAAAGAAAGCAGAGAGCUUUUCACGCAGGUGUCCCGGUGCAUUUAAAAGAAAGAAAGAAAGAAAGAAAGAAGAGAAAUAAGAAGAUAAAAGAAGAGGAGGUGGUGCUGGAGGUGAAGCCUGAUGUGGCCGGAGCGCACACAGGAGCAGAGCGCAGGGAGCCGGAGGAGCGCGCAGUCGGAAACACCGCGCCAGCACUGAGCUCGCGCUCUGCCGCGGACACACACCGCACACACACACACACACACACUCACACACUCACUCACACAUACACACACUUACACUCACGCCACCGGGAUCAUCACAUGAUUAGUUAUAGAUUAAUGCAUUAUUCUUUCUAACCAGCACGUGCAUGCAUGAUCCGGAGCAGCUGAGCAUUCCUCGAGCAUUCUUUCUUCGUCGUCAAAAAUAAAAUAAUAAUAACAAUAAUAAUAAUAAUAAUACUAAUAAUAAUAAUAAUAAUAAUAAAAAAACAAUCGUUAAUUAAAAAAAAAAUAAAAAUAUUUCGAAAGGAUAUUGGACAAACACAUCGCCCUCUUCAUCUUCUUCAACCUUCUUCUGGUUCAUCGUCUUCAACCUCACCUGAGCGCGUGAGAGCCUGAAACCGAGCGCGUGGGCGAGUCAACAAACUCCAAAAAAAAAGUUCCUCCAUUAAAAAAAGAAAGAAAGAAAGAAAGCAAGGAAGGAGGAAAAAAAGGACACGGAGAAUCUGAGUACGCCGGGGAUGCCACUGUAGCUGCCACUGUAGCUGCCAGUGUAGAUGCCAGUGUAGAUGCCAGGCAGGGCGAUGUCCCGUCGCAAGCAGGGAAACCCUCAGCAUCUAUCACAGAGGGAGAUAAUAAGCACCGAAUCAGAGCAUGUGGACGCAGACCUGUCGCUGGCCGAGCUCGCCGGCCACCACACCCACCACAUGCUUCUGGACCCCAACCUGGUCGCCCCUCUGCCCCCGGGCCUCGGAGACCACGACCUCCUGACGUGUGGACAGUGCCAGGAGACCUUCCCGCUGGGCCACAUCCUGCUCUUCAUCGAGCACAAGAAGAAGCAGUGCCACGGCCCCGCCGGCACUCACGGCUGCUACGACAAGAUGGCGGACCGCAGCAGCCCCUCGCCGCCGCGCGCCGAGCUGAGGAAGGUGGAGGAACCGGUCGAAAUCGGAAUCCAGGUGACACCCGAGGACGAGGACGAGAGGCUGCUGACGCCUCUGAAAGGAAUUUGCCCGAAGCAAGAGAGCGGCCUGGCAGGUAGAGAUGAACCUUCCAGCUACGUAUGCACGACAUGCAAACAGCCCUUCCCCAGCGCCUGGUUCCUCCUGCAGCAUGCCCAGAACACCCAUGGGAUGCGCAUCUACCUGGAACCCAACAGCUCCAACACUUCGCUCACUCCACGGAUCACGCUUCCUCCUCCUAUUGGUGCUGAGUCCAUACCCCAGUCCCCUUUGACCAACUUCUUAGGGGAAAACAACCCCUUCCAUCUGCUCCGUAUGACUGGGCCGCUGCUCCGAGAACCCACACCGGGCUUCGUCGAGAACCGUCUCCCAAACACCCCCCCCUUUGUUAGUCCCCCUCCACGGCAUCACCUAGAUCCCCAUCGCCUGGAACGCCUUAGCGCCGAGGAAAUGGGUUUGAUUUCCCAGCAUCCCAGUGCCUUCGAGAGAGUGAUGCGCUUGACACCCAUGGCCAUGGAGACCCAGUCCAUGGAUUUCUCACGUCGUUUGCGAGAGCUGGCGAGCAACAACAACUCCACCCCUCCGCUAUCACCCAGUCGUGCCAACCCUAUGCACCGCCUGCUCAAUCCCAAUCCCUUCCAGCCUAACCGCAAGUCACCCUUCCUGAGCACCCCUCCACUGCCACCAAUGCCACCGAACAGCACCACGCCACCUCAGACACAGGACAAGAGCAAAUCCUGCGAAUUCUGUGGGAAGACCUUCAAGUUCCAGAGCAACCUGAUAGUGCACCGGCGAAGCCACACAGGAGAGAAGCCCUACAAGUGCCAGCUAUGUGAUCACGCCUGCUCCCAGGCCAGCAAGCUGAAGCGCCACAUGAAGACCCACAUGCACAAACCCAGCUCAGUGACAGGUCGCUCAGAUGAUGGCCUUUCUGCCACCAGUUCACCUGAGCCAGGUACCAGCGAUGUCACAGGAGAUCCCAUGAAGAACAGGGACGGUGACUUCCAAGGCGAGGGACUAGGGCCAGAGAACGAAGAAGAGGAGGAGGAGGAAGAAGAGGAGGAACUGGAGAAUGAGAGCAGGCCCGAGUCAAACUUCAGCAUGGACUCGGAGUUCAGCCGUAACCGGGAGAAUGGCUCCAAACCCCCAAAUGAUGAGAAGAGCCUCUCCUUGGGUAAAAUGGUAGACAAUGUGGGGCUGAACUCUAUUCAGCAGUACAAUAACUUGAUCGUUGACAAUCGUAAAAGGCUUCCCUUCUCAAAGAGGGGCUCUGAUGGACAGAGAGACACAGGAGAUGAGGACUCGGUAGUGGAGGAAAUGGAUCACGUGGAGCGGGCCACCGUGAACGGCAGGAUCUGUGGCUCGGGCGAUUCUUUCUCAGGCCUGUUCCCCCGCAAGCCCACCCCCAUCACCAGUCCCAGCCUCUCCAACUCCUCCAAGAGGAUCAAAAUAGAGAAAGACUUGGACAUGCCCCCAGCAUCUCUAAUCCCCUCAGAGAACGUAUACUCCCAAUGGCUGGUGGGUUAUGCAGCAUCACGGCACUUCAUCAAAGACCCCUUCCUUGGCUUCACUGAUUCCAGACAAUCACCUUUCGCCACCUCGUCCGAGCACUCAUCGGAAAAUGGCAGCUUGCGCUUCUCCACUCCUCCUGGGGACCUGUUGGAUGGGGGCCUUUCUGGACGCAGUGGCACUGCCAGCGGCGGCAGCACGCCUCAUCUGUCUGGGGGACCGGGACGUCCUAGUUCCAAAGAGAGCCGGCGCAGCGACACAUGUGAGUUCUGUGGCAAGGUUUUCAAGAACUGCAGCAACUUGACGGUGCAUCGGCGCAGCCACACGGGCGAGAGGCCCUACAAGUGCGAGUUGUGCAACUACGCCUGUGCGCAGAGCAGCAAGCUCACCCGCCACAUGAAGACGCACGGGCAGCUCGGUAAGGAAGUGUACCGCUGUGACAUUUGCCAAAUGCCCUUUAGCGUCUACAGCACGCUAGAGAAACACAUGAAAAAGUGGCAUGGCGAACAUUUGAUGACGAACGAGGUCAAAAUCGAACAAGCUGAGAGAAGCUAAGCCAGAUUUUCCCAUUUUGCCUCACAAUUCCUUGAAUAUAUUAAAAACAAAAAAGGGUAGCUGGAUACUCUGUUUUCCUUUUCAAAUAAUAAUAAUAAUGAUUUGAAUUAGAUUUGCCUAAGAAACUGCCAUCUGAGGAAUAAAAAAAGACAGAAGCUAAGAGAAAUUGGAGCGGGUCUAAACUGCCUAAUUUGGCAUUUUGUUUUUUCAGUCUGUCAGUCUAACAAUGGACGAAUUAGAUGAUGUUUAAAUGGAGCCUUUAACUGUGCAAUAAUUUCUGUAUUUAUUGGAUUUCGUAAUGUUUUGGCAUGUGCAGGUGCAUUUUUCUUUCUUUCUUUUUUUGUUCAUUGUCUUACUUUGAAAUUCAAAUGCUGUGAUUUUUUUGCUGUUGUUUUAAAAACCCAGACAAAACAAAAACCUGAGAUUUAGUUUUUAUCCAUAACAGAGUACGAUUUGAGAGAUCUUUAGGCCGCUGCUCAUGAAACUGUAUAUUUAAGCUACAUGUAAUUUCUUGAAGAGAAGCCGGGUUCAAUCUGCGAUUUUUCACGGAACUGAGAAAGCUAUCGUUUUUGUUUGUUUGUUUGUUUCAUUUAGUCAUUUUAGGAUAUAAGCGGACAACAAUCCUUAGACUUUGUAGCGUGAACCGUUUUCAGACGUGUCAAUCUGAUUGGAAAUGUAGCACUGAAUGUCGGAUGCGACGGUAAACCUGGUGGAUCAUGGGUUCUACGUGAUGCAUAGAGGUAGAAGAAGGUAGUUCUGGUACUAAGUACCGAUCCAGACUAAUCAAGCAAAAAAAACUUGCUUCAGUUCUUGCUCAGAUGCUAAAAAAAAAAAGCGUACGACCUUGAUUAGCGACAACAGGUCUUUUCUCUUUUCUCUUUUCUAAUGCUUGGUCGCUCGGUCCUCCGAGUCGUUCGCUCGGACGUUUUCCAGAGCGAAUUCCGACUAUCAACACGACUACCUACCUAGCUAUGAUUAGCGCCAUGUUUUUUUAUACACAACUGUGGCUAUAAUUAUACCCACACUGACAUUCCACAAACAGCCAUAACGUCUUAUAUAUGGGUUGAUAUCGAAGAUUAUGCAGGAGAAAUACUAUUUAUCUUAGCUAGCACCUCUGCUUCUAAUAAUCCGAUGUACAUUGAUGAACAUUCAGGACGAAAUGUUGACCCGAUUUAAGCCGGAUUAGCGGGAAGAUUCAGACAUACGCUGAUUAAUGAUGUGUCCAAGUGCAUUUUUUAUGUAUAUACCAAUUUGCAAUCAUUGAGAAUUCAAAUUCAUAAUGUACUGUAAAGAUGAAUUACAUACACGAGUCGUAUGCACGGAAAAAAAAUAUAAAUAUAUAUAUAUAUGUUUUUUUAAAUCUGUUUAAGCGAAAACAGUAAGACUUUUUUUCUUUUCUCUCUUCUCAUUCAGGACUUCCUGUGAUGUGUAGUUGAAGUAGCAACACGCAUAAAGAAUGCGCAGCUGAAUUUUUUUUAAAGCUUCCCUUUUCUUUUCCUCCUCCACCACCCCCAGCCCCCCGCCAUAUUUUUUUUCUCUCUCUCAACGAUCACUCCCAUCACCUAAAAACAUAUUUUACCACACGAGGGCCGACAAUUUAUAGAAUCGAGGAGUUAUCACACGGUUUAAGAAAAAAAAAAAAAGAAAGAAAGAAAGAAAGAAAGAAAGAAAAAAAGAGACUGAAGAAGAAAAAGAAGAGAGAAAAUCAGCCGCAUCUCUUUGCAGUUCGUCCCCGCACUUUAUGAUUUGUUUUGUGCAUUUACGGCGUCACGAGCAAGGAAACGGCUUCUGAGCAAGAAAUUACGCGGAAAAAGGAUUUUUAUUUUUUUUUCCUUUCCUUUUUUUUUAAGUUUUGCGAAAGGGAUCAUCUGAGAUUCAAGUGCCCGUGUUGCAAGGCUUGGCUUUCACAACACAGGCACUAUAAAAAGUGAAAUUAAUUUAUUUGGAUGGGGUAUUUUUCUUUUCUUUUUUUUUUUUUGUACUGCCGUAUCAAUUUGACAUGAGUGUGCCUUGAAUACUGAAUACUGAUCUUCCUAUUUAUUGUCUGGCAAAAGACAAAAUGCAACUCCUUUUUUUUUGGGUGCAAAUAAAUAAAUAGAUAGAUAGAUAAAUAAAUAAAUAAAUAAACAAAUAAACAAAUAAAUAAAUAAAAAGCCUGUAGAUUUAAUCUGCUUUCGGAAAAAAACGAACCAAUCAGCGAUCGGAAAUAAUUCUCGAAUAAAGAUUCUCGAUAAGGAAUAAACAGCACAAUGGUGAUGUGUGUGUUUGUAGAUAUGUAUGUGUAUGUACAUGGAGCACACACACACGUAUAGAUGUAUAUUUCUUCACUUCAGGAUACGACGCAAUCCCUUAAAAAAUUUUCUUUUUUUUUUAAAAAAUCUGUACAUUGUUUUCCAAUUUUUUUCCAUUUUUUUCCCUUUUCUUUUCUCACUCUUUUUUAAGUUUUAUUUUAUUUUAUUUUACUACAAUUAAACAAGGAAGAGACUGGACGAACAUCAGGAACUACAGAAAAAAAAAAAAACUUUAGUGCACUCUGUCUUAAAAUACGUUUACAGUAUUGAAACAAGUACAAGGGUAAAAAUGAUAUUUCUGUGUAUGUGUGUUUUAAACAAACAAAAAAAAGUAUUUUUUUGUUGUUUUUUUUUCCCUUUUAUUUCUUGCUUAUAAAAUUUCUCUGAAUGCCACAGUGGCUAUGUGUAUAUUGGUUGUUUUUUUUUUUUGUUUGUUUUUUUUUGGUGACGGGGUUUUAGUAUAUAUAUAAAUAUAUA